AUGGCUUCUCUUUCUCUUGUUAUGAUCCUUCUCCUCUGUGUUUCUGUGCAUGCAUGCACUGCCCGAUUUCUUAGUCUUACUAAAAAAGACACCCCACAUAAGGAACUAGACAAGGUCAAGACAUUAACUGAAUCUCGUAGUGUGAAGGAUUACAGGCUAGAGGAAAAUCAACAACAGCAACAGAAAGUCGCAAAUAAUGAAUUGAACACUUGUGAGAGUUGUAGCAGUGUAUCAUCCACUUUGAAGGAACUGAUCGUAGAGGCAGCUUCAGGUACACCUUUUCAAAUGGAUUCGUCAUCCUUUCUUGCAGCAGAGGGCGAGAAGAGGCAUGCACGGUCAAUGCUGGGACCUGCUCGGCAUCAUCACGGUGAAGAAACAGUGCUUACAAACGGCAGUAACGCCGCAGAGGACAUAGUUGAGAUGGACUAUGCUCAACCUCAUCGAAAACCACCUAUUCACAACGAAAAGCCUUGA